UGUCCUAAGUACAGUGACUUAUGACCUCUAAUCCCAACUACAGGUCUACAGCGAUCAAAUCACUUGCGCCACUAGCAAAAUUGACGAACUGGAUUUACUGUUUAUAAAUGAAAACCACUUCGUCGCUCACUCGCUUGUAGUCUCCAGCCACACAACCGUAAAGGUCCACACCUCUUCUCGCAACCACUUGAGCCACUCGCAAGUCUCAAGCCAAAAUCAUAUCACAGUCGCCAUGGAACUCUCCUCAACCUCAGCUUCUCUCCUGCUCAUCCUCCUGCUCACCCUCGUCUACUUCCUCUACCUGCACCAGGAUCCCAAGAAGAAGCCUCGCACCCAUGGACUCAAGUCCUACCCCGUGGUCGGCACGCUGCCGCAUUUCAUCAAUAACAAGGACCGUUUCCUUGAGUGGUCGACCGGCGUCAUGAAGCGCAGCCCCACGCACACCAUGUCGUUCAAGGAGCUCGGACUCACCGGCGGCGUCAUCACCGCCAACCCGGCCAACGUCGAGCACAUUCUCAAGGCUAACUUUGGUAACUACCCCAAGGGCGAGCUUGCCGUGUCCUUGCUCGAGGAUUUUCUUGGCCACGGCAUCUUCAAUUCCGACGGCGAACAGUGGCUAUGGCAGCGGAAGGCCGCCAGUUACGAGUUCAACAAGCGCUCGCUGAGGAACUUCGUGGUGGACACCGUCCGGUUCGAGGUCGUCGAGAGGCUGCUGCCGCUGCUCGAGUAUGCGGGGCGCCACGGACGGACGCUGGACGUGCAAGACGUGCUUGAGCGCUUCGCGUUCGACAACAUCUGCCGCGUGGCCUUCGAUGAGGACCCGGCGUGCCUCACCGAGGAGAGCAUGGCCGCGCCCCAGAGCGCGGAGUUCAUGCGCGCGUUCAACGACGCGCAGAACGCCAUCUUGGACCGGUUCAACUCGCCGGCCAAGUCGCUGUGGCGCAUCAAGAAGCUCUUCAACAUGGAGCCCGAGAGGCGGAUGAGGGAUUCACUUGCCACGAUCCACGGCUACGCGGAGCGGAUCGUCCGGGAGCGCAGGGAGAGAAGGGAGGCCCGGCUGGAGCGCCGCGACGACUUCCUGUCGCGCUUCGCCGCGAGCGGCGAGCACAGCGACGAGAGCCUCCGCGACGUGGUCACCAACUUCAUCCUCGCCGGCCGCGACACGACGUCUUCGGCGCUGACCUGGUUCUUCUGGCUACUCUCCGGCCGGCCCGACGUGGAAGACAAGAUCGUGCGCGAGAUCCGCGCGGUGAGACAGUCGUCGGCCGGCAGCGAGGGAACGCGUGGCGCGACGUUCAGCUUGGACGAGCUGAGGGACAUGCAGUACCUCCACGCGGCCAUCACCGAGUCCAUGCGUCUGUAUCCGCCGGUACCCUUCGACACGCACAGCUGCAAGGAGGAGGAGUUCCUGCCGGACGGCACGUUCGCGGGGAAAGGGUGGCUGGUGACGUACUGCGCAUACGCCAUGGGGCGCGUGGAGGACAUCUGGGGCGCGGACUGCGAGGAGUUCAGGCCGGAGCGGUGGCUGGACGAGGCGGGCGCGUUCCGGCCGGAGAGCACGUUCAAGUACCCGGUGUUCCACGCGGGGCCGAGGAUGUGCCUAGGCAAGGAGAUGGCCUACAUACAGAUGAAGUCCAUCGUGGCGUGCGUGCUCGAGCAGUUCAGCCUCCGGUACGCCGGCGACGCCAAGGGGCACCCUGGGCUCGUGGUCGCGCUUACGCUGCGGAUGGAGGGUGGCUUGCCGAUGAAAGUGACAAUCAGGGAGUAAUCAAACAAGCGUGAUGCUAGGCUAGCUGGACUUGUCGACUCCAUACUUUAUGUGUGUAUCAUUGCUCUCGCUUGUUUGGAGAAAUAAAAUAGAACUGGUGUCGUGCUCCGGUUUUUUACCCGAA